AAUAACUUACUCACGCAACCAAACAAACAGAAAACCCGUUGCAUGUAUCAGUUUCCUGAAUUGGCAAUUCGCAAUCCUUGCAUGUCAAUGCCUCCUUCAGCUUCAGCUUCUCUCGACACGUCCUGUUCCUCUUUCCUAUGCCAUAAAUAAAUCAAUAUAUACGCUUCGCUCAACUCUUCGCCAGGAACAAGACAAGAAAGCAACAGAAAGUCCCCACCGAUUCAAAUUUCAGUAGAAGAGAAGAGAAAGGAAAAAACCCAUUUGAUUUUCGCAGUAUUGAUAUUGAAAUUUGAAGACCCAUCAUGUUUCCCAAAGCAUUUAAAUGCUUCAGCUUCACCGUGUAUAGAGAUUGGCUUUACCGUUAUUCAUUCACAAACGCCGGCCUCCGAUCCGUUAUUACCGACCUCGGUGAUGGAACCACUAUGCAUUGCUGGGUUCCCAAAUCCCUAAAACCGAACAAACCCUCGCUUAUUCUCAUCCAUGGAUUUGGGGCAAAUGCAAUGUGGCAAUACGGCGAAUACCUUCGGCACUUUGUCCCGCGCUUCAACGUGUUUGUGCCGGACCUCCUCUUCUUCGGCGAGUCAUUCACGUCGCGACCCGAGCGGACGGAGUCGUUUCAGGCUCUGUGCGUGAAGAAGCUGAUGGAAGCGCAUGGGGUCUGGAGGAUGAACGUGGUGGGAAUUAGUUAUGGUGGCUUUGUGGGGUACAGUGUGGCGGCGCAGUUCCCGGAGGCGGUGGAUAAAUUGGUGUUGUGUUGCUCUGGGGUUUGCUUGGAAGAACAGGACAUGAAAAAUGGAUUGUUUAAGGUUUCGGAUUUGGAUGAGGCUACGAGCAUUUUGGUGCCACAGACGCCUGAAAAGCUCAGGGAACUGAUGCGGUUUUCGUUUGUGAGGCCUGCCAGAGGCGUGCCUUCUUGGUUCCUUACAGAUUUCAUUGAUGUUAUGUGUAUGGAACAUGUUGAAGAGAAGAAAGAACUCCUUGCAGCAAUACUUAAAGGUCGACAACUUUCCAACCUUCCCAAGAUCACCCAGACGACAUUAAUUUUAUGGGGAGAACAAGAUCAGGUGUUCCCUCUGGAAUUAGCCCUCAGAUUGAAGAGUCAUAUUGGAGAAACUGCUCAAAUGGCAGUUAUUAAGAAUGCAGGGCAUGCUUUGAAUAUAGAGAGGCCUAAAGAAUUUGCCAAGCAUCUAAAAUCAUUCCUUAUUGGACCAUGUAAUCACUCACCUUCUUUCAAGGAGCAGAUUCAGAAGACAAUCUUUGAUUUCCACAAGUCAUGA